UUCCUCCGGCGAAGCCCGCGAAGCCCCGGCACGGCACCGCCCCGAGCGGCGCUUGGCCCCACCGCGCUGCCGUCGUGGGGCGGGGCCGCAGCGGCAGCCAUGGCGGCGCCCGUCGUGCCGGAGACCGACAGCAUCCGCCGGGCCGUGUCGCUGCUGAACGCCGUGGACCCGGGCCGCUUCCCGCGGCUGCUGUCCCGCCUGCUGCAGAAGCUGCACCUGAAGGCUGAAAGUAGCUUCAGUGAAGAGGAAGAAGAAAAACUUCAAAUAGCUUUUUCGUUGGAAAAGCAGGAUCUUCAUCUAGUUCUUGAAACCAUAUCAUUCAUUUUGGAACAGGCAGUUUAUCACAAUCUGAAGCCUGCUUCACUGCAACAACAGCUGCAAAGUAUUCACCUGGAUCAAGACAAAGCUGAAGCAUUUGCCAGUGCAUGGGCAGCUGCAGGUCAAGAUACAAUUGAAAAGUUCAGGCAGAGGGUUUUUACCCCUCAGAAGCUCGAAACAGUUGGAUGGCAGCUUAACCUUCAUAUGGCUGAGUCCAUGCAAGCAAAGCUGAAAUCUCCUCGAGCUGUGCUAGAGCUGGGUGUUAGCAAUGAAGAUUCAAAGGAGAACUGCUUUGCUGCAGCAGCUGUGGCCAAAGGAGAUUCCCUGCUGGAAUGCACUGACCUUGCCAAGAGAAGACCCUGACACAGAGGGAAUGUGAUUGAAGGGUGAGUCACAGACCAACAGCAUAUACUUCAAAGAUGUGUGGAAAUAGGAAGGCAGAAGAAGGAUUUAACAAAAACAAACAAAAAACCCCUAAGAUUUUUUUAAAAAUGUAAUUAGCAAAUCUGUUCUGAUUGAAUAAACUGAUGAAACAUUUGUCAGCACUAAGCAUGAGAUGUACAUUAUUACAACUUAAGUACCAUAACAAGGAAUUUGGUUGUAAAUAAAAACGUGUUUUUACUCAUUCUAAACCCUUUCCCCCAUUUAAAAUAUGGCUUGUUUCCAAAAUAUUCCAAUCCAACUGAAGAUAGCUUUGAAUUUGUUGAAGUAACUUGAAUGAUUUUGUUAAUGUGACUAUUUUUAAGAUACUCAAAACACUUACAAACGAGAGACACUACUUGCUUUUUAUAGCAAUAUGGCUUCAGAUAACAGAAAAGAAUCAACAUUCUGUUUUUCCCACUGUUUACUGAAGCAACAUAGUAAUAUGCUUCAGCAAUAACUUUUUUUUUUUUAAAACUACAGAAGGAAAUAAAAAUUGUGAUCUAAACCUGAGUUAGUGUAUAAAACAGCAAAAAGAGCUUUGCAGCUCAAAAGCAAAACGUUUAUCUGAAUACGUUUCUUUAAACAAAAAUUUCACAUCUUCUAAAUGA